GCCUUUUUUUCUUCUAUCUUCGUUGAGUUGAAUCAGAAUGUCUGGACGUGGGAAGCAGGGCGGCAAGACCCGGGCCAAGGCGGAGAAGCGCCCGGCCCCGGCCGGCGCGCAGUUCCCCGUGGGGCGCGGGGACCCGCCGCUUCGCCAGGGCAGAUACGCGGAGCGCGUCGGCGCCGGCGCCCCGGUCUACCCGGCCGCGGUGCUGGCGUACCUGACGGCCGAGAUCCUGGAGCUGGCGGGCAACGCGGCCCGCGACAACAAGAAGACGCGCAUCAUCCCGCGCCACCUGCAGCUGGCCAUCCGCAACGACGAGGAGCUGAACAAGCUGCUGGGCAAGGUCACCAUCGCCCAGGGCGGCGUCCUGCCCAACAUCCAGGCCGUCCUGCUGCCCAAGAAGACCGAGAGCCACAAGGCCAAGGGCAAGUAGAGCCCCCCGGCCCGCCCGCUGCCCCGCCGCCCACAACGACACCAAAGGCUCUUUUAAGAGCCACCCACCUUUUCAUGGAAAGAGCUGGGAGAACAGAAAUUGGGAUUGGGUGGAAAUUUACUUCGAGCAGGAAUCCCGGUGAUGUCGUGUCAAUGACAGAAUUCCCUAGCCAGCAGAAUUUGAAGUCCACGCAUCUUAAAGUUGCUGAAGUUGAGAAAUAAAGUAGUCUUGGGGGCUUAGCAAUCAGGCUGGAUUUUUCCGAGGUUCCCGCCCACCGCGACUCGACUCGCGUUCCGCUUUUUUUCCGAGCUGAGCCAAAUAAAUGAUAAAACGUGGCUUUCUUAAAAACCCAGUUCCAUUCAUUUCAUCCACGGCCUUGUUCACACAACACCCUUGACUAGAUCGCACAGAAACUUGGCAGCCACGUUCGCCCACUACACCCCGCUUGAUUAGGAUUAGCUUCCUUACGUUUUUUAAAAAUUUUUUUUAAAGUCUGUUUAAUUCGCGGUUCCAUCGUCUGCGGGAAUCCGGGCGACGGAUUAACUCCAGAAGCAUCAGAAAGAUGUGUGAAUACAACUCAUAGCUCUUGUUAGACGAAGUUAACGCGUUUAGGUGUAAAAUACGUCUUCAAGGCAAUUUGGCCCAUUUAGGGAGCAUCUUGGAGAGAAAUUGAGAACAUGUUUCUAUCUCAAGCGAAUGUUCAAAAGAAGAGGCCACAAAGUUACAUUAAAUUAAGAAGCCGCGAGGAUACCUAAGUAACAACUUUCGGGUGAAUCAGGAGUCUGCCGGCGCCUUUUCGGACCGACGUGCUUUAUUAAAAAGCAUCAACUCUUUAUGCUUUUCGCUGUUCGGCUCCUGAUCUUAGGCGGCCGGGGACUAGCGCGGCUUCUUCUAUCACUUUCCAACAAGGCGCCUUGUUUAGCAAAAUGCUGAACGCAGAAGGAAGGGCGAUUGGCUCCCAUCGAGCCGGCGCGGGGGUUUUUGAAAAGGGGUUUGAGCCAAUCAUUGCAAGCGCGGGAAUUUUGAAAAGAGGGAAAGUGUCAGCCGGCCGUAGCCGCCAGCGGAGACGACAAAUGCGCCUUUGCUUUAGGCACGAAGGGGAGAAAUGGAUCUGUUCAAUUCCUCCUAGGACAAAUAGUGCAUUUUAAAAAUAUUGCUUGCUGGCUGGGGAAUUCUGGGAGCUGGAGUCCACACGUCUUAAAGUUGCUGAAGUUGAGGAACACUGGAAUACACAGAUACCUGCUGGCUAAUCUGACCAGGAUUUGUACCAAGAAAGUAUUGUUACUGCUUUUCCUUCUUGUUUAAUCCUGUUAUAUUUAAAGGGACUUACUGCUAACCCUUAUUUAUUUAUUAAAUUUGUCCCCCAGCCCAUCUCCCCCCGAUGGGGGACUCUGGGUGGCUCACAACCUGUUAAAACAAUAAAUAAAUUACAAUUAAAACCUAUCACAAUACAUUCACGAAAACAAAAGGGAAGAAGUCCAGGAGGCCGAUGGUUCAAGGCAGCAACGCCAGGCCACUGAGGGACUAGCCAACCCCACAGUUGAUGAUAUCAAAUACCAGUAGCUUGCCUUGCAACUUAUUUUAUUUGGAUUGAUUUUGGUUAAACGUAUCCCUGUUUUAAAGCUAAGUAGCACUCCUCUACUUCUUGCCCUGCCAACAACCCUGUGAGGUAGGCUAGGCCGGGAGAGGACCUGCUCCAAGGUCUUCCAGGGCGUGGGUGGACUUGCAUCUGGUCCUCUUGGAUUUGGGUGUAAGAAAACUAGGCAAGCAGCAGACAACAUUAGGUUAGUUGUAGAUCUAACAGAUGUGAAUACAAAUAAAUAUCAAUUUAUA